AAAUUUUUUUGGGAAUUUGGAUCCCGGAGCGACAGCGGAAGAGUUUUGGCUUUUGGCCGGCAAUGGCUUCCAAGCAAAUGGAGGAGAUUCAGAGGAAGCUGGCCCUGCUCAACUACCCACGCGCCAACGCUCCUGCUCAGUCCCUUCUCUUCGCCGGCGUCGAGCGCUAUGCCCUCCUCGAGUGGCUCUUCUUUAAGCUUCUAGGAGACCGAUCACCAUUCACUCAGCAGACUUGGCAAGGUGAUGCUUUAGAUCGUGAUGAAGAGACAGCCCGUAUCCAACAUUUGGCUGAGAUAGCGAGUUUCUUGGGUAUUACAUCUUCCGUUGAUACAGAAGUCAUCCAAGGAAGAGGCAGCUACGAGGAACGUGCUGAGCUUCUCCGUCUUAUUGUAGAUCUGGUGGAAGCAAGUUUUAAUGCUGAUUAUCCUGAAUGGACUGUUGAUGAGCAGUUGGCAAAGGAUGUGCAGUUGCUAGAUUCUAUUGCUGAGAAACAAGCUCAAAUUUUUUCAGAAGAAUGCAAACUUUUCCCUGCAGAUGUCCAGAUCCAAUCCAUCUAUCCAUUGCCAGAUAUAUCCGAACUGGAAUCAAAACUCUCUGAGCAUACAAAGAAGUUGUCAAAUUUGCAACAGAUGGUCCAGGACUUGGCAUCCAAGUAUGAUUACAAUCCAAACGAGGAUUAUGCUAGUGUGGAAUUACAACUACGAUCACAGUUGGAGUCUUUUCUGGAAACUGUGAGGUCCUUCAAUAUAAUAUACUCCAAGGAAAUUCGCCCUUGGACGCAUAUGAUGGAGGUUCCUCAGUUGCACGGAUUUGGCCCCGCCGCUAAUCGUUUAUUGGAGGCUUAUAACACACUAUUAAAGUUCUUAGGAAAUUUGAGGAGUCUCCGAGAUUCUCAUGCAGCAAUGGCAGCUGGAUCGGAAACUAUAUCCAGUGAACCAUCAUCUGUGAAGAAAAUAAUCAUGGACUGCGAAUCAGCACUUUCGUAUUUGAACUGCAACCUUGCUAUCCUCUCAACUUCUGUCUCUCGAGAACAAGGUGAGGACGGCCUGUAAAUUCGCACAAGAGCUUGAUUUGCACAUACAAGACAGAGAGAGAGAUGGAGAAAACCGAUAUGAUGCAUUUAACAGAGUUUGAUUUAUUUGACUUGAUAUUGUUCAUGCCUGAUCUUUGUGUUGAAGAUUAACUGAUAAAUUUAACCAAGGCCUCAAGAACACAAAGUUUGUACUUUUUAGUUUUUACUGCUGAAGCAGAGAACUAAAAUGAAAUGACCAUUGUUUGCAUGUAAGCCCCUUUAAAAUCUGAAUAUUACUUCAUUUGUUAUGAAGAUAAAAAGUGUGUUGGGAGUGUUUGAA